UGAUGUAGUGAGUGGAAAUAUUUUACUAAGGUGUUACAUUCAUUCAACCACUAUUUGCACCAAAACACAGGGCUUGAGAUACCGAUAAUGAGCAUAACAAAUGUGAUCACUGUGUUCAUGGAAUAAUAUAUCUGGGGAGACAGAUAUUAAACACAAAAAUUAAGAAAUAUAAGAUUCUUGAUUUUGAUAAGUGGGCCAUAAAAAGCAGGAUAUAUAUCAAUUGGGGUUUAGUCAGGAAAACAAAAACUACCCUAGAUAUUUCAAGCCAUGAAGAAUUUAAUACAGGCAAUUACAGGCUUACAAAUCUGUUAGGAAGGGCUAGACAGUAAUAUAAGAGAAACUGCCCCAUUCAGAAAGUCAGAAAGAACAGGAAUUGUUGAAAAACUGCUGCUGCUGAUUCCACUUGUCUCUUAUCUUUGAAGCAGGUGAUUCACAGAAAUGUACCUGAAAGCUGUGAGUGAAACCUAAUGUGUCAUAUGCUGAUGCCCAUGUGCUGUCCUUUGCUGUUGAAGGAGCAGUAAUGCUUCUGUUGUCUUUUUGCCUUCCAAAGCUUUUCAGAUGUUUCUCAAGAUGUUCUCAAGAGGUAGAAGCAAAACUGGAACCUUGCUCUUAGGGAUUUUGGAAAAUGAAUGUAGUUUCCAGAUUUCUAGUCCCUGGGAAGAGCAUAGAAUGAUGAAAAUGGUUUUAAGUUGCCAAGAGACAAUCUGGCAUAAUUAGCUAUGAGAGAAAAUAACAGGGUCAUCAAUUUUAGAUUGAAUGGUAAAAAAGGCCUCUUUAAGGAGGAGGUAUUGUCUGAUGGAUAAGAUCUUUUAAAAGACAGAUCAAUUUCUAACAAGAAUUUUGGCUGUUUUGUGGCACAAGUGGAGGACUUAGGAGUAGGGAUAAUUUUUCCAUUAAGAGUCUUUCUAAAGAGGUGACAUUUGAUUUUGAUACUUGAGUGAUGAGAGGAGGCAGCCAUAGGAAGAUUGGGAAGAACAGAAUGUAUGGCUGAGAAGACAAAUGCAGUUGUCCUGAGGCUUGAAUAACCUUGGCAUGUUGGAAGGAAACAAAGAAGAGAGGGGUGGAAUGAUAGGAAUGAAGCUGGAGAGUUAGGUAGGGGUCAGAUCAUGUAGCAUCUUCAAUGGUGUGGUAAGUCAUUUGUAUUUUAUGCUAUUUAAUAUGAGACACCAUUGGGUCAUGAACAAGGGUGCGAAAUAGCUAAUUUUCAUUUUAAAGAUAUGAUUUUGGCUGUUCUGUAGAGAAUACAUUUGGAGGAAGAAGGUGGGUAAGGGUUGGGGAUAGGUAGUGGAAGUAAGGAGAGCAGUUGGGAAGCUUUAGCAGUACUUCAGGUAAUAAGUGAUAGUGGCAUAUAACAGUGCAAAUGGCCAAAAGCAGAUGUAUUUUAGAAUGUAUUUUAGAUGUGGAGUCAUCAGUCUUGGUAUUAAUUAGAUGCGAGUAAUUAGGAAGUGGAAAAAUCAAGGAAGCCUCCUAGGUUUUUGGCCUUAGCAACUAUGUGGAUUGUGUGACAUUUAGUGAAAUAGGAAUAACUGGGGGAGGAGCAGAUAGAGCAGUAUGAAAUAAUCAAGUAUUCUGCUUUGGACUUGUUAUAUUUUGUCAUUGUUUAGGAGUCAAAACUUGUCAUGUUUUGUCAUUGAUUAGGAGCCAUUGAUUAGGUGGUUGGUUGAGCUGAGGGAUGAGAUCAGGGCUCUAAUCAGAUUUGGGAGGCACAUUUACAGCUGUUUAGACUGGAUAUGAUCAUUUGUAGGGGGAGAAGAAUGCCCACGACAUAACUCUGGAACACUUCAACUUUUAGAUGGUUUACAGAGAAGCAGCCAGAAAAAGAAAGAGAGAGAGAGAGACAGGUAAUAGGAAAACUAGUUAAGUGUGAGGUCACAGAAGCCUAGAGAAUGAAGUGUUCCCAGAUGGAGGAAGUGGUCAGUUAAUGCUGCUAAGAGGUGGUAUUGGAUGAGGACAGAAAUUUUUUCUCUGUUAAUUAACUAUUGGCUUUGGCAAGAUUGAGGAUAUUGGUAAAAUUCAUGAGAAUUGUUUCAGUGGAAGGUCAGGAAUAAAAGAUUGAUCAGAAUAAGUUAAAGAGAAUGGGACAUAGCAGUAUAGACAACUCUUGUUUCAGGAAUUUUGCUGUGAAUGGGAACGGGGAAAUUGGGUGGUAGCUACAAAGGAGUGUAGAGUCAAUUUAAAAAGAUGGUUGUUGUUAUUAAGGCAUGCUUGCAUGCCAAUAAGAAUGAUUCAGAAGAGGAAGAAACUCAUAAUGCAGGAGAAAGGGGAGAUAAUUAUAAAAGUAAAAUACUUGAGUAGGGAUUAGGAAGUGGGAUAUAGAGCAUAACUGGAGGGGAGAUACUGACUUGUGGUAACAACAGAGAUAUUUUUCAUUUUAACCUGAAGGAAUGCUGUUAAUAUGGUUAUAAAAACAGGUAGAUUGAUGGCAUUGGUGUUUAGAAAUGAGAUUAUUUUUGUCUGUAUAGUAUGAGGCUAGGUCACUAGCUAUGAUUGAGGUGAGAAUGGGAAAUGUGAGAAGUCUGAGGAGAGAGAAGAAAAUAUGAAAUUGUUCAUUCAGGGAAAGGAGAAAAUGACUUUAAAAAUUGUAGAAGGAAUGUCUGGCAGUGUUGAGUGUUCAUCUGAGAUCUGUGGUGUUAAUUUUAGUGUGAAUAAUUUAAUGUGAACUUCCAGUAAGGUUAUGAGAUGUUUUUCUUCAGCAAAAUUUAGCUGCUCAGAUACAGUCAUGGACUGGUAGAUAGAUGGCUUCAACCAUAGAUGGAUCAGGUGGAAUAACAGUGGAGAGGAGCAAGUGAGUUAAAUGCAUUUGUAAAGGAUUGGUUUUAAUUCUAGAUGCUGUAAUGUAUGCUUGUGUAAGGAUAAGGUUAGGACCUUGAGAGGGGUGAUAAAUAGGGAACAGUAGUAGUGUCAGUGGAUAGGAGCUCCUUGUGAGGUCAAAGGAUAGAGUAGUGGUAUUUAAUGCAAGUCAUCUGAAAGGAGAGGAAGAGGUGUUCAGAGAGUGAGAUGCUAGAAACAGACAUCCCAGCAGAGAGAUAUAUAUAUUGAUAAUGACAAGAUUGCAGGCUGAAGGUAUGAGGGUGAGUGACUUAAGUGGGUUGGGGCAAGAGAUCAUUGGAGUGAGGCAGUCCAAGGAAUUAAAUGUCUAGGAUAAUGCCUGGCUUGUUUAUGAGGAUGUUCAAGUUGCCGAAAAUGAUGAUAGGUAUAGUGGUGAACAGGGAGACCAGACCAUAUAAGCCAGAUGCUGAAAACUGUAAUGGGGAGGGAGGAGCAGAUACUGUUAGGGGAGGCCAUAACUGAGGAUAAAGGUGGUGGGAUUCCAGAACUAGUAUCACUGGUUGAAGUGUCUGCAAUAUGAGUAUGUAUUAUGUAUUGAGAAUACUUUGGAUCAUAUUCACUGUAAGUGUUCCAGAGGGUGAUGGGGAGGACAUGAGAAUAGAGUGAUUGUGAUCAUGGCAGGAAAAAGGUGUACAACAUUUAAAUUUAAAUGGACUUGUAUAGUGUUGUGUUUUUUUUUGUUGUUGUUUGUUUGUUUUGGUUUUUGUUUUUUUGAGACAGAGUCUCACUCUCUUUGCCCAGGCUGGAGUGCAGUGGCACGAUCAUUGCCUGAUGCAGCCUUGACUUCCCGGGCUCAGGUGUUUCUCCUACCCCAGCCUCCUGAGUAGCUGGGAUUACAGGUGCACACCACCACUCCCGGCUAAUUUUUUUGUAUUUUUAGUAGAGACAAGGUUUCGCCAUGUUGCCCAGGCUGGUAUGGAACUCCUGGGCUCAAGCAAUCCACCUACCUCAGCCUCCUAAAGUCCUGGGAUUACAGGCGUGAGCCACCAUGCCCAGCCUUUGAAUAGUGUUUUAGGAAGUUAAUUUGAGUAGUUGGGGGAAGGGGAAAUAUGCUUAAAUAGCUUUAGGAAACUAGCUCUCUAGGUAAGGUAUGUGUUUCUCUUUGUAUAAUCCCAUUAUUGACACUCUACUACAUAUAAGAUUUUGUUUUUAGAUGGGUGCAGUGGCUCAUGCCUGUAAUCUCAGCAUUUUGGGGGGCUGAGUUGGGCGGAUUGCUUAAGGCCAAGAGUCUGAGACCAGCUUGGACAACAUAGCAAGACCUCGUCUUUACUUGUACCCCACCCCUCCCCCCAGAAUUUUUGUUUUUAAGUCUAUUUUAAAAUUUCGAUGUAGCAUAAGCAGUCCAAAUAAAGGUAUUUGAUUUAAUCUCAUGUAUUUUCUGCAUACUUUUAAAUUUACAAUUGUUUUCUUUACCUUUAUAUUGGAUUUUUUUUAAUUGCUUGUAUGGCUCUCCUGUUGAGGUCCUCUUUUUGCUUAGUCCCCCCAUUCUCAUUCCAUAAUAAAUAUUGGGAAAAGAGUAUAAUAAAUAUUGGGAAAAGGUUAUCUCUACACUGAUAUCUUUCAUGUUUAUGUCGUUGUUUACCAUACAGUCUGCUCUUGUGCCAUCAAAGUGUCUAACUGAAUAUAAAACAUAGCAUUAGGAGUAUCUAUCUUGUAUAGAUGCUAUCUAUAGAAGCAUCUUCUAGUGGAAAGAUUAGGAUGAGAACAAAGUAGACCAUAUAGAAGCAUCUUCUAGUGGAAAGAUUAGGAUGAGAACAAAGUAGACCAUAACAAGUGUAAUAGCCAUACAAAUAGCUAGAUGGUUAUGCUUAGUUGGCUGAAUUUAAUAGGCUGGGUUCUGGAGCAAACCAGAGCAGUCUGAGAAUUCAUUUCUAUUGGCAACAACUGAAGGAAUGCCAGGCAGACUUUGAAAUCUUUGCUGGGUCUAACUUGGUAAUAGUGGGUUUGUUUUGAUUCUUUGUAAGAUUCUGAGUCACUAUUCAGCCCAGUUACUACUUGAUGCUUGCUCUGCCUAGUCAUCUUCAGUGAUUCAGUUUUGGCUGCAAACUUAUGAAGAAUUAUUGGUCAGAGUGAAAUGACAUUGAAAUCUGGGGACCCAAAGUGCUAUGACCUCCUCUUGUUAGCAUGGGGAGGGGUGUAUGAGACUCAGAUAAUUAUAAUAAAUAGAAUUCUGGCCCAGAUUUAACUCACAGUGUGUCUCUGUUAUCAGAGUCAUUUCUCUGGUUCCCAGUUUUGUAAUUGGAAUCAACAUACAUGGUAGUUGGCAGAACUCUCAACUUGGCUCCUUGACCAGUUGGGUUAAGUGCUAUCCUAGUGGGGGAAGAUCAGGUGGAAGCCUCUAAAACUGUACCUUCCCUCACCUUGGAAGGGACAGCAUUUCUUCUAGUUUGGGAUUAACACAUAUUCUGGGUCCACAUGUUUGCUUUUUCUGCUUAUAAGUCCACAGCCAGCACCACUAUCUGAGGACUUACAGAGUGUUUGAUCCACUAAUAUGGGAUCUUGAGUAAUAUUGUCUCUUACCAAGAGUCCCACUUUACAGGCAAGAUGUGUAGCAGUGGGCCAAAGUUCAUGAAUCCACUGGUCUUAACUCAUACUGCUCCACCUAUAAUCCUCUGGAUUGAUAGAACAGUUGUAAUGGGCUCAUAAAGGUACAAUUGAGAUGCCAGAUUGGAGGUGAUCCUCUACAAGGAUGGGUACCAUCCCUCCAGAAUGCUUGGCCAUCAUAUGGAUAUUCAUUAUAUUAGGUAUCCUCAAUAGGUAAUAUGUACGGGGGUUCAACAACCGAGGGAUGGAAUAGGAGUGGUCUCAUUUACUAUCACACCCAAUCCUCACUUGAGGAAUUUAUACUUCCCAUUCAUAUAGCUUUAGACCCUGUGGGCUUAGAGGUUCUUGUCUCCAGAAGUAGAAAUGCCCUACUAGGGAACAGACACAAUGAGAGUUCCAUUAAAUUUUAAGCCAUGCCUGCUGUCUGGUCACUUUGGGCUCCUCUUGCCAAAAUCACUAGGGAAGAAAAAGAGUCACCAUCCUGGCAAGGGUAAUUGACUCUGAUCAUCUUCACAGUAUGGACAGAGAAGAAUAUGUCUGGCAUUCAGGGGAUCCGCUGAUAUGUCUCAUGGUAUUCCCAUGCCCAUUAUUUUAAUAAAUGUACAAAUACAACAGCCAUUGCCUAAAAAGGGCAUGGUAACCAGAGUUUCAAACCUCUUAGAUAAAAGGAUCUGAAUCGCUCUACUGGCAAGCUGCUUACACCAGCAUAAGUGCUAGCAGAGGAUGAGGGGACUCUAAAGUGGGAUGAUGAUCUGUUGUGGCCAGGAAAUCAACUACAGCAUUGGGACUAUAGUUCGUCCUCUUCUCUUGAAAGUUUCUCAUGGAAACAAAAUAAGUAGAAUCCUUAAGAAGCUGUUUCUGGCUGGAGGCGGUGGCCCACACCUGUAAUCCCAGCACUUUGGGAGGCUGAGGCAGGAGGAUCAUGAGGUCAGGAGAUCAAGACCAUCCUGGCCAACAUGGUGAGACCCCGUCUCUACUAAAAUACAAAAAAUUAGCUGGGUGUGGUGGUGCACGCCUGUAAUCCCAGCUACUCAGGAGGCUGAGGCAGGGGAAUCGCUUGAACCCGGGAGGUGGAGAUUGCAGUGAGCCGAGAUCGCACCACUGCACUCCACACUCCAGCCUGGCAACAGAGUGAGACUCCGUCUCAAAAAAGAAAAAAAAAAGAAGCUGUUUCCGGCUAGAGUGAACUUACUCUGAGAAGCAAGUGGAUGGUCUUUACUUUUGAAACGCUUGGCGGGGAAGUGCUGUUGGAGCCGCUGUGGUUGCUGUCCGCGUAGUGAAAGCGCGUGCCUUUGUUUGUGUUCCUGGCCAUGGCGCUGCAGCUCUCCCGGGAGCAGGGAAUCACCCUGCGCGGGAGUGCUGAAAUCGUGGCCGAGUUCUUCUCAUUCGGCAUCAACAGCAUUUUAUAUCAGCGUGGCAUUUAUCCAUCUGAAACCUUUACUCGAGUGCAGAAAUACGGACUCACCUUGCUUGUAACUACUGAUCUUGAUCUCAUAAAAUACCUAAAUAAUGUGGUAGAACAACUAAAAGAUUGGUUAUACAAGUGUUCAGUUCAGAAACUGGUUGUAGUUAUCUCAAAUAUUGAAAGUGGUGAGGUCCUGGAAAGAUGGCAGUUUGAUAUUGAGUAUGACAAGACUGCAAAAGAUGACAGUGCACCCAGAGAAAAGUCUCAGAAAGCUAUCCAGGAUGAAAUCCGUUCAGUCAUCAGACAGAUCACAGCUACAGUGACAUUUCUGCCACUGUUGGAAGUUUCUUGUUCAUUUGUUCUGCUGAUUUACACAGACAAAGAUUUGGUUGUACCUGAAAAAUGGGAAGAGUCGGGACCACAGUUUAUUACCAAUUCUGAGGAAGUCGGCCUUUGUUCAUUUACUACUACAAUCCACAAAGUAAAUAGCAUGGUGGCCUACAAAAUUCCUGUCAAUGACUGAGGAUGACAUGAGGAAAAUAAUGUAGUUGUAAUUUUGAAAUGUCGUUUUCCUGAAAUCAAGUCAUCUAUAGUUGGUAUGUUUUAUUUCAUUGGUUAAUUUUUACAUGGAGAAAACCAAAAUGAUACUUACUGAACUGUGUGUAAUUGUUCCUUUUAUUUUUUGGUACCUAUUUGACUCACCAUGGAGUUAACAUCAUGAAUUUAUUGCACAUUAUUCAAAAGGAACCAGGAGUUUUUUUUGUCAACAUUGUGAUGUAUAUUCCUUUGAAUAUAGUAACUGUAGAUGGAAAAACUUGUGCUAUAAAGCUAAAUGCUUUCCUAAAUCAGAUGUUUUGGUCAAGUAGCUUGACUCAGUAUAGGUAGGGAGAUAUUUAAGUAUAAAAUACAGCAAAGGAAGUCUAAAUAUUCAGAAUCUUUGUUAAAGUCCUGAAAGUAACUAAUAAUCUAUAAACAAUGAAAUAUUGCGGUGUAGCUCCUUUUGACCUUCAUUUCAUAUAUAGUUUUCCCUAUUGAAUCAGUUUCCAAUUAUUUGACUUUAAUUUAUGUAACUUGAACCUAUGAAGCGAUGGAUAUUUGUACUGCUUAAUGUUCUGUGAUACAGAACUCUUAAAAAUUUUUUUUUGUGUUUUAUAAAAUCAAGUUUUAAGUGAGGAAAUAAGUUUGUUAAAAAAAAAAAAAGAAGCAAGUGGAUUUGUGUGGUGUAAUUUGCCUGUUCAUAUAAUCCACUCAUUCUUCUAUAGCAUCAUUUAUUGAUUUGUAGAACCUCUUUAUAUAGUAUGAAUAUUAUCUUUUAUGUAUGAUGAAAAAAUUGUUUUCUAGUUUGUGGCAAGUCUUUUAAUACUAUUGUGUUUCCCCUCCCACUUACGAGAAGUUUUAAAUUUAAAAUUGUUGUUUUUAGAGAUGGGGUCUUGCUGAUCUCAAACUCCUGACCUCAAGUGCUUCUUCAGCCUUGGCCCCCACAAAGUGCUGGGACUACAGAUGUGAGUCACCACACCUGGCCUUAAAUUUUGAUAAAAUGAAAUUUAUCAAUCUCCUUUACAUGGUUUAAAUUUUUUUAGUUACUUUUAGGAAAUUUCUGCCCUGAUCUCGUAAUUAUAUUCUCCUAUAAUUUGAUAAAAGUUUGAAGUUUUCUCUUUGAUCUUUAGUCAUUUGUUCAUAUGGGAUUUCUUUUUGUGUAUAGGGUGAAAGAUAGGGAUCUAGUUUUUUUCUCUCCUUGUCUAGAAAGCCAGUGGUGUCUCAAACGUUUAUUUAGUAGUCAUUUCUUUCCACAUUGAUUUGUAAUACUACCUUUUUCCUAUGCCGUAUUUCCAUGUAUGCAUGGAUUUUGUGUGUGUGUGUGUGUCUUUUUUUUUUUUUUUUUUUAAACAGAAGUAUACUUGUUCCUUACAGUGUGCUGUUAUGUUGGUGGUACGUGAAUCCAUAGACAUCUUCCUGGAAUGUCAAUUUUACCUAAAGAAUAUGAAAAAGAUUGAGUAAUUGAAUAACUGGUAACUAUUUGAGGACAUUUUUCAAUGAAAUAAGGCUGUUUGAAUUAUGGAGUCAAAUAGAACUUUCAUGAAGUUUUAGCUUUUUAAGCUAAAACGUGAUACAAUUUGAAGACAUUUUGAGCUUAUGGGGGACCAUUUGAGACCAUUUCCCCAGUUUUCCAGGAAGUUCAUUCUUUAUCAUUUAAGAAUACUGUGGUAGAAAAGGGUGAGAAGGACUACCUUACAUGGACUGUUUUUAUUUUUUGUCAAAAUGUUGUGUUUAUUGUUCCAUGUAUACAUUGUGAGUAUUGAUACCUUUAUUUUUUUUUUGUGAUCUCUGCCUGGAAUGUCAUCCUUCUUUUGUAUUUCAAGGCCAGCACAUUUUUCAUGGCCCAGCUCAAUUCAACCUAUUUCUUGAAUCCUUUAACAGUUGUAAUCCUUGUUACUGGCUCCUUUGAAUCUGGUCCUUAUUGGGUAUUCCUUAUAUUAAGUAAUAUUUCUAAUGGCUAAUGUUUAUUGAGAGUGUACUAUGUGUCUGGUAUAUUUCUAAGCAUUUUACCUGUAUUAACUAAUGUAAAUCUCAUCAGCUCUGAAAGCUAGGUUUUUACCCCAUGUAGGUAUUAUUUUUAUUUCUCAAAAGGAAGGAAACAGAGGCACAGAGAGUGUUAAUAAUUUAAAUAAGGAAAAGCAGGCAAACUGGCUUCAGAGUCUGUGCCCUUAACCACUGUGCUCUGCUCUCUCUCAGUUGCUCAAUAAAUAAUUGCUCAGGAAUGAAUUUACCACUUAUAUUAACACUUAGCAAGCAUAGCUUUGUUCUGUUGUUUUAUGGGUGUGUUCUUUCCUAACUAUAUAAUACAUCCCUGAAGGCAGGGAUAAAAUCUUAUACUUCUUUAUAGUAUGGCUUUAUAUUUCAUACUUCAUUAGAUGGAUUUACUACUUAUAACAAAUCCCUAGUAGAUGUUUGUAGGUGAUGAUAAUGAAUUUUGUAUGACCUUUAGAUUUGCCAUAGAGUAACAUAAACCUAAUAAUUCAUUGUCAAAUGGGUCUAAGCUUUCUAAUAAGACCUGUUGGUUUGAAUACUCCAGAACCACAGAUAAAUAACACUGUGAGAUCUCCUGGUUCUGAAGCUGUGGGGUUUGGCUAGACCUGUAACAUUCUAUUCAGUUGGUAGAGAGAUCCCUAGAGAUUAGGUGACAGAUUUCUGGCCUGCACUUAAACGACCUGGACAGGUCAUUUUGUGUUGCUAUCUGUAAAAGCAGAAAAUCAUUUAGUACAGCUUUUAUUUUUAAAUCAUGGUCUUUAUGUAGAAUUUUAAGCUUUUUAGAAGCAAAGUUAUGUGCCUUCAAAGUAGCAUAUUCUCUUACUUUGUUAUAAUAACACAUACCAUUAUGUUGGUACAAAUUUGAAAGAAUGUAUUAUUACCAGCAAAGCUGUGCUCUAGCCCAGGCUAGAGUGCAGUGGCGCGAUCUUGGCUCACUGCAAGCUCCGCCUCCCAGGUUCACGCCAUUCUCCUGCUUCAGGCUCUCGAGUAGGUGGGACUACAGGCGCCUGCCACCAUGCCUGGCUAAUUUUUUGUACUUUCAGUAGAGACAGGGUUUCACCGUGUUAGCCAGGAUGGUCUCGAUCUCCUGACCUCGUGAUCCGCCCGCCUCGGCCUCGACCUUCCAAAGUGCUGGGAUUACAGGCGUGAGCCACCUCCCCCUGCCUUUAGUUUUACUUUUAAAUAAACAGCAAAAUAUUUACGUAUUUUUUGAGAUAGGGUCUCACUCUGUCACCCAGGGUGUAAUGCAGUGGUGCGAUCACAGCUAACUGCAGCUCCGACUUCCUGGGCUCAAGCAAUCCUUGCACUUCAGCCUCCCAAGUAGCUGGGACUACAGGCCACUAUGCCCAGCUAAUUUAUUUUUAUUCUUUAUUUUAUUUAUUUAUUUUGAGAUGGAGUCUUGCUCUGUCGCCCAAGCUGGAGUGCAGUGACACGAUCUCGGCUCACUGCAACCUCCACCUCCUGGGUUCAAGCCAUUCUCCUGCCUCAGCCUCCCUAGUAGCUGGGAUUACAGGUAGGUGCCACCAUGCCUAGCUGAUUUUUUUUUUUAUUUUUAGUAGAGGCGAGGUUUUGCCAUGUUGGCCAGGCUGGUCUCAAACUCUUGACCUCAGGUGAUCCACCCGCCUCUGCCUCCCAAAGUGCUGGGAUUACAGGCAUGAGCCACUGCGCCCAGCCACCCAGCUAACUAAAAACAUUUUUUUUUUUUUUAAUAGAGAUGAGGGUCUUGCUAUGAUGCUCAGGCUGGUCUUGAACUCCUGGACUUAAAUGAUCCUCCUGCUGUGGCCUUCCAAAGUGUUGGGAUUAUAGAUGUGAGCCACUACACCAGGCUGAAAAUAUUUUCUCCCCUCCAAGAUGGAGUCUUGCUCUGUCACCCAGGCUGGAGUGCAGUGGCGCGAUCUCAGCUCACUGCAACCUCCGCCUCCUGGGUUCAAGCAGGUCUCCUGCUUCAGUCUCCUGGGAUUACAGUUGCCCACCACUGUGCCUGGCUAAUUUUUGUAUUUUUAGUAGAGAUGGGGUUUCUACAUGUUGGCCAGGCUGGUCUUGAACUCCUGACUUUGUGAUCCCCACCUCAGCUUCCCAAAGUGCUGGGAUUACAGGCAUGAGCCACCGUGCCAGGCAACGAAAAUACGCUUUUUACAGUUAGUUUCUGGACAGUGUAAGAAUUCUUUGGUCAGGUGGAAAGGACUUGAUAAAUGUGUAGCUAUAGCUAACACUUUUUUUUUUUGAGACCGAGUCUCAACUCUGUUGCCUAGGCUGGAGUACAGUGGUGUGAUCUCAGCUCACUGCAACCUCUGGCUCCCAGGUUCAAGCAAUUCUUGUGUCUCAGCCUCCUGAGUAGCUGGGACUACAGGUGUGUACCACCAUGCCCGGCUAAUUUUUGUAUUUUUAGUAGAGAUGGGAUUUCACUAUGUUGGACAGGCUGGUCUCAAACCCCUGACCUCAGGAGGCCUCAGCCUCCCAAAGUGCUGGGAUUAUAGGCGUGAGCCACCACACCCAGCUAGCUAGCACUCAGUGAACGUUUACUAUGUAUCAGGAACUGAUUUAAGUUCUUUUACAUAUAAUAACUCAUUUAAUUAAGUUGAUUGUUGGGUGGCCAUUUGAUUUUUUAAAAGGUUUCCAUUUCCCCCUCUUUGUUAGUGUAAUUCAAAAAUAAUUGUCAAUACUAAUCAGAAAAAUAAAAAAUUACAAAUAUAAAAUAUGACUUAGGUUUUGAAACAAUCUGGGGAACAGGUCUCAAACUUGUCUGUUAUUUUAUUAAUUGAUUUUCUCUAGUGUUUAUUAGGGAUUUAAAAUGAUUAAUUGAAAAUGUUAGCAAAUGUUGAGCAAGCAUUGAUAUACUUUGCUUUUGAGAAAACAAAAAUGAGAACAUUGUAUUUUUAGAACUAUUUCACCUUGAGUUAAGCAUUGCUUGUCAUAAACCAAAUACAGUUCUUGCCUUAAUAGCCCCACGUUCUCUGUAUGGAUCUUCUGGAAUUUUCUGUUGUUGAGGUAGGAGAUGGUAGUUUAUUCUCACACAUCUGCUUUAUAUAGCUUAUAUAAUUUAGUCUAUAAUUAUUUGCCAGUAUCAACUGUUUUUUAAUUGAUUCACAAGAAUGUAUAUUCUUGUACUCAUCAAACAUUUGAGGGUUCAGCUUUGCAUUUGACAAGGCACCUGGCAUAGUACUGAGAGGGUAGCCAACUGUUUAGCUUAAAUAUUUGAGGACCUAAUGAAUAGAAAUAGCAUCUUGACUAGUUGUUAUAUUUUAUUCUAUUUAAAAGGUCGUAAUAAUGGAUGCUUGAUAAAUAUUGACCUAGAAGAAAUAGUUAAAAAAAUGAAUUAUAUAUAUAUUUUAACGGCCUCUUAAAAAUAGUAGAAAAGUACAAACUCUGUUGUGGAUAUGAAGAGUGAAAUAAUGAAAAUAAACCCAGUGUUAAACUCUAAGAAAUAGAAACAAAAUAUAAUUAAGAAAAAUUGAAUAAAAUAAAUAAUAGAAAAGUAGAAAUUAGUAAAUUGGAAAACACACAAAAAAAUUGUGAAAUUCAAGUUUCUUGAUAGUGAUUCUUUAAAAGGGCCUUUAUACAACUUAGACAAACAUGUAGCAUUUCUAAUCAAGAGAAAGAGGUAGAAAAGCAAAAUAAGAAAUGAAGAGAGAGCUAGAACAGUGGAAAAUUAAAAAAAUAGUUUACUCAGUACUAAUAAAUGAGAAAAUCUUAAUGGCUUCGGUAGUUUAGGGAACACUUAAAUUGUGAUUGCAUUCCUUUGAGUUCAUUUGUUCAUUAUAAGCAAUCUUUUAUUGGUCACAUGUAACAGUGGUUCUCAGACUUUUUGGUGUUAGUAACUUUUAUAAUUUUAAAAGUUAUUGAUGAAAGUUAUAUCUGUUAACAUUUAUCAUAUUAGGAAUUAAAAUUUGGAAACUUUGAAAUAUUCAUUUAUUCAUCAAAAAUUAUAAACCUAUCACGUUACCACAAACAAUAUGUUUUUAUGAAACAUAACUAUAUUUUCCAAAAUAAAAAAAUUUUGUGAGAUGAGUAGCAUUGUUUUACAUUUUUGCAAAUCUUUUUAAAAUGCUUGGCUUAAGAGAAGAAAACUAGAUUCUCACAUCUGCUUCUGUGUUGAGUCUGUUGUACGUUUUGGUUGAAAUAAAUGAAGACUAUCUGGCAUCUAUAGAUACCUACUUGGAAAAGGGAGAAACAUUUUAAUAAUAGCCUUUUCAGGUAAUUGCUGACAUUCUUUUUGGACAUACUUAGGUACAUGUCUUUUUAGCUCCUUUGAAUCAUGGUGGAAGUAAAGACAUACCUUACUUAGUGCAGGACCUGCAUUAAUGGAAAUCAGUAUUAGUUGAAUUUGCCCUUCCUUUCCCCAAAGUAGAAUUAUAGUAAAGGUCUCUAGGAAGGUGCUAGCUUGUUUUAGCGGACAUCGUUCUUUCAAGUCUCCAAAGUCCUGAGUGCGCCUGUGGCCAUGGUGCUUUCCCUUAUUACUCAUAUACAGACAUACCUCAGAGAUAUUGCUGGUUUGGUUUCUGACCACCGCAGUAAAGCAAAUAUCAUAAUAAAACACAUAGCGCAAUAAAAUGACUAGCACAAUAAAGUGUGUCACACAAACUUUUUGGUUUCUUAGUGCGUAUAAAAGUUAUGUUUACACUAUACUGUAGUAUAUUAAGUGUACGAUAUCAAUAUUUCUAAAAAACAGUGUGCAUACCUUAAUUAAAAUAUACUUUACUGCUAAAAAUUGCUAACAAUCAUCUGAGCCUUCGAAAGUGACUAUAAUCUUUUUGCUGGUAGAAGGUCUUGCCCAGAUGUUGAUGGCUCCUGACUGAACAGGAUGGUGAUUGCUGAAGGUUGGGGUGGCCUUGGCGAUGUCUUAAAAUGAGACAACAAUGAAGUUUGUUGCAUUUAUUGACUCUUCCUUUCAUGAAAGAUUUCCCUGGAGCAUGUGAUGCUGUUUGAUAACAUUUACUUACUGGAAAAUUUCUGUCAAAAUUGGAAUCAAUUCUCAAACCUUGCCACAGCUUUAUCAACUAAUUGUAUAUGUUGUUUCUGAAUCUCUUGUCAUUUCAACAGUGUUCACAGCAUCUUCACCAGGAGUAGAUUCCAUCUCAAGAGUCAUCCCUAAGAAGCCAAAACUCCUCAUUUAUUCAAGUUUGAUCAUGAGAUUGCAGCAAUUCAGUCACAUCUUCAGACUCCAAUUCUGAUUCUAGUUCUUUUGCUGUUUCUGCCAUAUCUGCAGUUACUUUCUCCACUGAAGUCAGACCCUGAAAGUCAUCUGUGAGGAUUGGAAUCAACUUCUUCCAAAUGCCUUUUAAUCUUAAUAUUUUUUAUCUUUUCUCAUGAAUCACACAUGUUCUUAAUGGCAUCUAGAAUGGUGAAUCCUUUCAAAAAGGUUUUGAAUUUGCUUUGCCCAGAUCUAUCAGAGGAAUCAUUGUCUGUAGCAGCUACAGCAUUGUGACUUCUAUUACUUAAAUAACAAGACUUCAAUGUCAAAAUUACUCCUUGACCCAUGGGCUUUUGAGUGGAUGUUGUGUUAGCAGGCAUGAAAACAACAUUCAUGUCCUUGCACAUAUUCAUCAGAUGUCUUAAGUGACCAGAUUCAUUGUCAAUGAGCAGUAACAUUUUGGAAGGAAUCUUUUUUUCUGAGCAAUAGGUCUCAACAGUGGGUUCAAAUAUUAAGCAAACCAUGCCAUCAUUCAGGCUUUAUUCUUCCAUUUAUAGAGCACAGGCAGUAUAGAUUUAGCAUAAUAUUUAAGGGCUUUGUGAUUUUUCAAAAUGACAAAUGAAUAUUGAUUUCAAUUUAGUCAUCAGCUACACUAGCUCCUGAAAAGACAGCCUUGCCUUUGAAGCUUUGAAACCAGGCAUUGGCUUCUCCUCUGUAGCUAUGGAAGUCCUAGACGGCGUCUUCCAAUAGAAGGAUGUUUCAUCUGCAUUGAAAAGUCUGUUUUUCAGUGUAGCCACCUUCAUCAUUAUCUUAGAUAGAUCUUAUGGAUAACUUGUCAAAGCCUCCAUAUCAGCACUUGCUGCUUCACCUUGCACUUUUAUGUUAUGGAAACAGCAUCUUUCCUUGAAUUUCAUGAACCAACCUCUGCUAGCUUCAGACUUUUCUUCUGCAACUUCCUCACCUUUCUCAGCCUUCAUAGGAUUGAAGAGAGUUAGGGAUUAGGAUCUGGAUUAGGUUUUGGUUUAAGGGAAUGUUGUGGCUGGUUUGAUCUUUUAUCCAGACCACUGAAACUUUCUCUGUAUAAACGAUAAGACUGUUUUGCUUUCUUAACAUUGUGUGUCAUUGGCGCAGUGCUUUUAAUUUCCU